AUGCUUCGGCGAGACAUUCGUCAACUUUCGGUUUCUGCCCUUCGUUUGGCACAAAGUGCCAAAGUGCUGUAUCUGAAAACUUUGCUUCUUCCGAAAACUUCGUUCUCACCCAAGAUUCCAAAGGACCAGGAGAGAAGAGACUUGAUUGAAAAAUCCGGAAAGUCCCUAUAUAAAUGGCAGCAUGAACGGACAGACUACAAAAAAGAGUUUAUUCUUCAUGAUGGACCUCCUUAUGCCAACGGCGACUUGCAUUUAGGCCACUCCCUCAACAAAAUUUUGAAGGAUAUCAUCAAUCGUUUUGAGGUUCUCCAUAAUGGGCUGAAGGUCUCCUACCGCCCCGGUUGGGAUUGUCACGGGCUUCCAAUUGAGAUGAAAGCUAUUCAGGAUGCUGGAAGAUUGUCUGCGCUAGAGACUCGGCGCUUGUGCCGUGAAUUGGCUAGUGGUAUGAUCGAGAAGCAGCGUGAACAAUUUCUUGAUUUUGGCAUCAUGGCCGACUUCAAUACGCCGUACGUGACCAUGUCAAGCACCUACGAGUCUGCUCAACUUCAAAUUUUCUUAAAAUUGUUCGAAAAUGGCCUCUUGUCGAGACAAUUGAAGCCAGUUUGGUGGGGCUGUGAGACCCAAACGGCAUUGGCAGAGGCAGAGCUAGAGUAUAACGCCAGCCACAAGUCUGUGGCUGUCCAUGUGAAGUUUCCCCUUGUCAGAAAUGACUUGGUUGACCGGUUGGGUGGAAACGUGCACCUUCUCAUCUGGACUUCGACUCCAUGGACUAUUCCUGCCAAUAAGGCCAUCUGUGUGAACUCUCAGUUGGAUUAUACUGUAUUGGAGAAUGUUCAGACAGGCGAGAAGUUGAUUGUGGGCAUAGAAUUAGUAGACGAAAUUGUGAAGCUUGAUCCAUCAUACUCACAAACAGACAUUGUGAUAAAGGGUUCAGAGUUGGAGGGAUUAUCCUACGAAAACCCUAGUUUCCAAGACAAUGCAAAGUACCCAGUGCUACAUGGAGACCAUGUGACUGCAACAGCCGGUACGGGCCUAGUUCACAAUGCCCCAGCACACGGUUUAGAGGAUUUCCACGUUGGCCAGAAACACAAGUUGCAUGUGGCAUCUUCAGUGGAUGGAAAGGGAUUAUAUAUCCAGUCGAAUAUUCCUCAGGGCUUCCACGAGCUCGCAGGUAAAUAUGCUAAUGGGAAGGCUAGCAUCUUCAGGUGCUUGGAUAUCUUGGAGAGCCAUAACAUGAUUUUCCACGUCAACAAGAAGUAUACCCACUCAUACCCAUAUGAUUGGCGGUCGAAAACACCGGUGAUACAGCGUGCCACUCCACAGUGGUUCGUAAAUGUGGAGAAGAUCAAGGACGCGGCCACCAAGCUGUUGGAGCAAGUCGAGUUCAUUCCAGAAACAGGCAGAAACAGACUUACACUGUUUGUCAACAACAGAAGCGAAUGGUGCAUUUCUAGACAGAGAACAUGGGGUGUUCCUUUGCCUAUUGUUUACAAUAAGAACACCCACGAGCCUCUAGACGACGUGGACACCAUCCGGUAUGUUGUCAAUAGACUUUCUGAAUAUGGAACCGACCAGUGGUUUGAGGAGGAGGAUGAUAUCUCCAGAUGGCUUCCAGAGGACAAGAAUGGUGCAGAAUACUAUAAGGGAAAGGAUACAAUGGAUGUGUGGUUUGACUCGGGAACUUCGUGGUCGACUCUUGGUGACAACUUGGAAAAGCUCAUGAAUUCCGAUAAACCAAUUGCAGACAUUUACUUGGAAGGUAGCGACCAGCACAGAGGAUGGUUCCAGUCUUCAUUACUUAACAAGAUCAUUGCGUCAGGCAACGGAAACGAAUUUAAGCCCGUGGCCCCAUACAAGAAAAUCAUCACUCACGGUUUCACCUUGGAUAAGAAAAUGGACAAGAUGUCCAAGUCCAAGGGCAAUGUGAUUUUACCCUCACAGGUAAUUAAUGGAGGAGGAAAACCACUUGUUCCUGCGUUGGGCACUGACGGGCUCAGAUUGUGGGUGGCUUCGUCCAAUUAUACCCUGGACGUCAGUGUGAGUCCAGAAGUUUUGACACGAGUAGUGGAGAACGUAAAGAAGCUUCGGGUAACCUUCAAGUAUAUGUUGGGGAACCUCCAGGAUUUUGAACACCCUGUUCCAUUGAACCAAUUGAAUCCCUUGGAUAGGUGGGUUCUCUCUAGGUUGUACACGUUGCAAGAGAAGACGGUGGAGGCAUAUCAAAGCCAUAACUAUGCGAAGGUAGUCAGAGAAUUGAACUUGCAUAUGAGUGGAGACCUUAGUGCUCUUUAUUUCGACAUAUCCAAGGACUGCCUUUAUACAUCCGGGCAGAACUCAUUAAGAAGAAGAGGCAUUCAGACGGUGUUGGACCACCUUGUGCGGGUAUAUGUUGGUAUUUUGGCACCUAUCCAACCUUUGCUUACCCAGGAAGUUUGGGACCUAUACGCUGGCAAAUUCAAUAUAAGCGAGGAUUCUCCAUUCAAGAAGAAUUGGGACUUCUACGCUUUACCAGAGGAAGUUGUCGACAAUGAAAUAUUGAGUGAAUUUGAAACCAUCUGGAAAAUCAGAGACCUGCUCUACAAGUCUUUGGAGUCGCUUAGACUCGAGGGUCAUUUUAAAAAUAAAUUGGAGGCCGAGAUUUACCUUGAUACCAAAUCUGACUGGUUGACCCUGUUGCUCGAAAAGCACAAGGACUUCUUGGACGACUACUUCUUGGUUUCUAGAGUAAUAUUGGGUUCUCCACUGCCCGGUACUCAAUCAGGAACGUUUUCGGUCCAAGUUGGCAAUGACAGUGUCAAUGCCACCAUCACCCAUUCAGCCUCUUGCAAGUGUCCGAGAUGCUGGAAGUACAUUUCCGAGGCCGAGGACGUUCUCUGUGGAAAAUGUGCUGAAGUUGUUUAA